CAUGUUCCAUUAUUUGAAGUGGACAGGAUGGAUGCAAAUAAUUUAAUUGAUUUAUUUAUUCAUUCAUUCAAUAGCUACAUUUGUAUGUAUUUAUUUUGGUUUUGUUUGUUUUGGUUCUUGUUUUUGGGAAGAAAACUCGGGCUCACACUCCAACAUAGUAGAUGGCGGUAAUGCCCCAUAACACUGGUUGCCACCCGCCAGCAUACCGGAUUAAACUCUUAUCAUGUGUAGUUUGGCCCAGAGCCGUCUAAUGAGAGUGGCGACAACGCCGGUCACUUCAAUGGACGUUUCUUCCCCCCGGCAAUGGCGGAUCAUGGAGCCUCUCAAUAGUUCCCGGAAGUGAGCAGCGGCGCAUUAGAGUAGCAGCAGAUUGGAGUCAAUGCACCCUCUGUGUUGCGCUUAUGAAGGGUGUCCACCUGCGUAACAUGGAUAGUUUCAUCCGAGCUGUGCAGCAGGUUGAAGACUCCAAUCCUGGUCUGUCGCCCCUGGCUCUGGUCAGGGCACUGCGGAGGACCGCUGGCCAUGAUGAUGCAAUGACCAUCCAUUUCCUGGGUUCAUCAUAUAAUCACAGUGAUGGUGACAUCCUUGAGACGGCCAUCCUCAAUGCCUCUUCAUUCAGCUUUUUUGACAAGGCCAUUCACCACAUAGUGACUGACCAGGGAGAGGAACGUGGGGUGGUUCUCGCUCAAGAUGGCACCACGGUCGCCCUUGCACCCUUACUGCUCGGGAUCGAGGCGGGACUGAAAGCAAAGAUGGAGGGGAAGCCAGCAGCUGGAAUCUUCCCUCUUACCUUGGGCAGGACACUGGGCCUGUCCUUCCUCAGCCUCCAGGACUUCCCACCAUCUCAUCGCCUGGGGCCUAAUGGUUGCUGGGACAACAUGGACCACCCUAAGGUGUUCAAGUUGCGUUGGCCUGCCACUCUAGCCACUGAUGCUGUGGUCAAUGGUGGAAUGGAUGGAGCCAUACUGGGCAUGAACCUCAGCAACCUAAGUGGAUCUGAAAAUCUGCAGGCCCUAAGUAUGACCUUAAAAGGAUACUAUAGUUUUAUUUUGCAUGAGGGGCAGGGUCUGGAUGCCGUGAGCAGCCAUGUUAGCCCGAGGCGACGGGAGAUCUCCAGAUCCCUUCUGGAGCCACUCGAUCUUCACAGCCAGGUGAUGGAGACUCUGGCAUUGGUCUGGAAGCUGGAGAAGACCGAAUGGAUCGCUAUGGACACUGGAGUGGGGAAGUCGGUGAAGGGUGGAUUGCAGGCAUUUGCGCACAAGUACUGGGACUGCCCUCAAAUCAUCCCUCGCUGUCAGUGGGGGGCAAAACCCUACCAGGAUACCCCGAUUCCACUGUCUCUGCCCCUCCGCUUCCUGUAUGUCCACCACACCUAUGAGCCAUCCUCACCCUGCCUCUCCUUCCCACAGUGCUCUCGAGACAUGAGAGCCAUGCAGCAGAUCCACCAGGAGGACCGCGGCUGGAGUGACAUAGGAUACAGCUUUGUGGUUGGCUCUGAUGGCUACAUCUAUGAAGGCAGAGGUUGGACAUACCUCGGCAGGCACACCAGGGGGCACAAUGAGAUUGGGUAUGGGGUGUCAAUCAUUGGUAACUACACUGCCACCAUGCCUUCUCGCCAUGCCAUGGACCUGUUGCGCCAUCGGCUGGUCCGUUGUGCGGUCAAUGGAGGAGCACUGGCUACCGACUUCACCCUCCAUGGCCACAGACAGGUGGUAAACUACACCUCCUGCCCCGGAGACGCCUUCUUUUCAGAAAUAAAAAGCUGGGAACACUUCAGGGAAUGACAGGAGCCCCACUGCCAGUAGUCUAAAGCAUCAUUAAUGCUUCUUCGGGGUAUGAUGACUAUUUGCAUUUUUGAAACAGUUUCAGUAUACGAAAUAAAUCUCAACUUAAUCCUCAA